AUGCAUGCAUGUCCUUCAUACGGGCUGCAGCAGCAGCAGCAGCAGCAGCAGCAACAGCAGGAACAGCAGCGAAAACAGCAGCAGCACCGCCACCACCAGCACCAUCAACAGAAGCAGCAACAACAGCAGCAACAGCACAAUCAACAGCAGCAGCAGCAUCAGCAGCAGCAGCAUCAGCAGCACCAACAGCAGCACCAGCACCAUCAGCAGCAGCAGCACCAUCACCACCACCACCACCAACAACAGCAGCAACAGCAGCAGCGCAAUCAUCAUCAGCAGCACCACCACCAACAGCAGCAGCAGCAGCAGCAGCAGAAGCAGCAGCACCAUCAUCAUCAGCAGCAGCACCACCACCACCAACAGCAGCAGCAACAGCAGCAGCAACAGCAGCAGCAGCAGCAGCAGCAGCAGCAGCAGCAGCAGCAGCACCCUUUGGGUAUAUGUAGGAGUGGGUUUGUCUUCAUUGAGUGGCUGCCGUUUGCUUCUUCUUUUGCUUCGUCAGAUAACACAGACUCAACCAGCAGCUUCUCGGUUAGCUCAGCUGCAGCAGCAGCAGCAGCAGCAGCAGCAGCAGCAGCAGCAGCAGCAGCAGCAGCAGCAGCAACAGAAACAGCAGUGGCAGCAACAGCAGUAGCAGCAACGGCAGCGAACGUAGUACCAGCAGUAGCAGCAGCAGCAGCAACAACAGCAGUAGCAGCAGCAACAGCAGCAACAGCAGCAACAGCAGCAGCAGCAACAGCAACAGCAACAGCAAAAGCAGCAACAGCAACAACUAGUACCAGCAGUAGCAGCAGCAGCAGCAACAACAGCAGUAGCAGCAGCAACAGCAGCAACAGCAGCAGCAGCAACAGCAACAGAAGCAGCAGCAACAGCAGUAGCAGCAACAGCAACAGCAGCAACAGCAGCAGCAGCAGCAGCAGGAACCCAAUCAGCCGCAUGCAUGUAAAUAAAUAA